UUUCCCCUUGACAAUCCAAUUUCUUCUUCUCUACGGGGCGUUUGAAGAUUUGAAACUGAAAGUUUCUCAUCUUCAAUCGAUUACUUCAUCACAUUGCGAGAUAAGAAUUGUUCAAGUUAUUCCUUAGAAAGAGUUUCUUCAUAUCGAAUCGAGAUCUCUCUCUUUCGGGAUGGAAAGCUUGAUGAACAAGAUUCGCAAAUUGGACGCCUAUCCGAAAAUCAGCGAAGAUUUUUACAACCGUACACUUUCCGGUGGAUUUAUCACUAUCGCUUCCUCCAUUAUAAUGUUAUUGCUCUUCAUCUCCGAGCUUCGUUUGUAUGUCCAUACUGCAACAGAAACAAAGCUUAUAGUUGAUACUUCAAGAGGAGAACACUUACGUAUCAAUUUUGAUGUAACAUUUCCUGCACUUCCAUGUUCUGUUCUCAGUCUUCAUGCUAUGGACAUUAGUGGAGAGCAACACCUUGAUGUGAAACAUGAUAUUGUAAAGAAAAGAAUAGAUUACCUUGGGAAUGUAAUAGAUUCAAGUCCAGAUGGGAUCGGAUCCUCUGUGAUUGAAAGGCCUUUACAGAAACAUGGUGGCAGACUCAAGCAGAAUGAGACGUAUUGUGGUUCCUGCUAUGGGGCAUCAGAUGAGGAUUGUUGUAAUUCUUGUCAAGAUGUGCGUGAAGCUUAUCGUAGUAAAGGUUGGGCUCUGUCUCAUCCAGAUCUAAUUGACCAGUGCAAACGAGAAGGUUUCUUUCAAAGGGUGAAAAAUGAAGAAGGUGAAGGAUGCAAUAUAUAUGGGUUCUUGGAAGUUAAUAAGGUGGCUGGAAAUUUUCACUUUGCACCUGGAAAAGGCUUUCAAUUAUCGUACUUCCAGAUUCAUAAUCCAUUAGCAUCAUUUCAGUGGGAUACUUUUAAUAUAAGCCACAGAAUUAACAGAUUAACUUUUGGAGAUGAUUUUCCAGGUGUUGUAAAUCCUCUCGAUGGUGUGCAAUGGAGUCAAGGAACACUAAGUGGAAUGUUCCAAUAUUUUAUCAAGGUUGUGCCUACCGUUUACAAGGAUGUGAAUGGAAAGGCUAUUAAGUCAAAUCAGUUCUCUGUAACUCAACACUUGAGGGGCAUAGAUGGAGAAAGUUUCCAGGCUCUUCAUGGAGUUUUUUUCUUCUAUGACCUGUCUCCCAUAAAGGUGACAUUCACAGAGGAGCAGAUCUCAUUCUUUCACUUCUUAACAAAUGUAUGCGCUAUAGUUGGAGGAGUUUUUACUAUUUCGGGGAUAUUAGACUCCAUUAUAUAUCAUGGUCAAAAGGCAAUCAAGAAGAAGAUGGCACUUGGCAAAUUUAUUUGAACAUCGGUACAGUUGAAGACAAUCAAAUCGUGAGAUAAAUAUGCAGGAUGAUUCUUGCCGUUGGCUGCUGCUUUUGAUCUCAACUUUCCUGAUGAUUCCCUUCCAUCAAUAGUUUAGUUUCAUCUCCGCUCAUAUUACAUCUUAAAUGCUUUUCUGUUUAUUUUUUUUCCUAGCUUCCCGGAUACUAAUUUCUUAGUGCUCAAAUAGUGUGAAUAUUUUCCAGAAAGGUAAAUAGGUUAGUGGGGCCAUUAAUUUUUCCCUGAUACUUUGUACGAACUUGGAAGCAUACAGAUUAAAUAUUAGGCUUUUUUUCCCCCUUGGAAAGUAUACAGGUUUAGUAGAAUAAAGCAUUUUGUAAUGACCUGUUACAAAGAUAUAAAGCACCUACCCUUUAAGAAAAUGAGAUCGACCUGAAUUUUUUUUUAAAAAAAAAUCCAUUUUAUUAUGAGUGGG